CUCCAGUUUUUGAGCGUUAAAACUCAUUGUUUUUAAAUUCUGGAAUAAAAGCGCGUUUUAACGCUCAACAACGGGAGUUUUCGUCGUUUUCACGGUCUGAAAGUGAAAAUUUUGCGCAAAAAACGCGUUUCUUGCGUUUUUUUAAUGAGCGUUACUGACUCACAAUCGCGGCUCCCUUUUGAGCGUUUAAACGCGUUUUUCCAAAUGUUUGUCUGCUUGGAUUACGUCGCUGCGCGGAAGACGAAUUACGGUGGACGAGUGUGACUUUACCUGAAUAUUUCACUGGAUGUUGCUGCCCUAUAGAUGUCCAGAGUAAGAGAAAAUGUUAAAAAUAGCUAGUAAAAAAAGUAAAAUGGUCUAAUCAGGAUAAAGAAUAGGAGUAUCGAGAAUUAUUUAAAAAAAGGUAGCUAAUCGGGAAAAAGACUUGAUUACAAGGAGAAAAGGAUCUGACACAGUUUUUUACGCAUUUUGGUGUGGUAUGGUCAAAACUUUCCACUAACAUCAUCCUUUUUUUUGCUAACGAAUUUUAUUCAAAAAAAUCGAAUUUAUAUCCCUAUUGGGCUACAUGUUUUUUGACUAUAUCCCGAUCAGGAUAUAUUUUGGUUUAAAACGGGAUAUAGAGCAUGGGACUCUACUGAAAGGACGUUCAAAACAAUUUUUUUUACAUUAAACAGGCUUAUUACUUUCAAGAGGGUUAAAAUUAUCUUAGUCUUACUAAGGUUAAACCUUAUCCUUCGCAACCAACUUUUUCUCUUUUAUUUGAGAUAAAUAGUGUCUCUCACUAACAUCAUUCAUGCUUAAAGAUAUUGAUUAGAAAUUAAAUGAAUACAUAACUUCUUCGUUUUAGUCUAUAUCAAUUAUAAGCAAACAACAUCUCUCGCAAUGUAUCCAUUACGAGUUCUUUGCACAUGUUUCAUUGCUAUGGGUAAGUUUUAAUUAAAAUAAUUACGAAUUCUAGGCAUAGAAUGAAUCUAGAGGAUACAUAAUAAUAAAAAAGCAGAGAAAUAGACAUUAAUAUAUUGACACUUAAUGUGAAUGCAGAGACAUGGGACUAUUUUUCCAUUUGAUCAUUUCUUUUUGUUUUGUACUUUAAAAAUUGAGACAGGAAAAAACAAUGUAAUCUUUUCAAUAUAUUCAUAAAUAAAUAUAGUAUAUUUUCUAUUUGACAAAUUGUCUUUUGAUUUUUUAUAUAUACUUUUCAAUCUCUAUGUUCAAAACAAAUUAAUUUAAGUGUUUUAUUUUUGUCUUAUGGCUCAAUGAGUAAAAUAUGCUUUCUUACAUAUUGGUAGAUAUCAUCAAAAUUUUUUAAGAUUGAGAGAGAAGGCAGUAGUUUUUACUAAUUUGUUUUAUUAAAUAUUUUUAUUUUGUUUAGCCAUCUUUGUCGUGUUUACUAAUGCAGGAGUACUAGAUCUACAUAAACAUCAAUCAAAUUUGGCUGAAAAUGAUUUGAUCAACGCUGUCAAUGAUGAUUACAAUCCGAUCAAAUAUCGUCCAAUUAGUUUUUAUCAUUUUCGUGACGAUAUGGACAAUUCAGCAUCUGGUAAUAAUCAAGAGAGGAUCAAUACUAACAAAAGAUUUGUUGAAGGAGUUUUGCUAGGAAAACGUCAGUCUCGACGUUUUCCUACUGAAGGAAUUUUAUUGGGCAAAAGAAUGCCAGUAGAAGGAAUAUUACUUGGGAAAAAGAAUCGACCAAAUGAAGUAGUAGAAAAAGAUAAAAAUAUUCCUAGUCAAGGAAUUAUAAUUGGACGACGGUAA